UCGACCACGGCCUACGACUUGUACGGAGUGUGCAUUGGAGAACCGAUCUGUCCGAUCGGUAAGCUGCCCGACCAUACAGCCGCUGAGUUGUACACACGAAAAUCGCGCAAUAAAUUCCACUAUUUUUAGCAUAUUACUGAAGUGUAAUGAAAUGUGUUCAGCGGCAGCAGGGGCACACUAACAACCUGUCGCUGUGGCUGGCAAAAAGCGUUAACAAUAAAUAAGCGAAACAAUAGCAACAGCAGCGACAGCAGCACCAGCAGCAACAACAACUCCAGUCGAACUGUAUAACAAUGAGGAGAGAAGGCAGCUCCGAGAAUUGCUAGUCAAGACCAUUAGCAGUCGAUAAAACGCAGCGCCCCAGGAGAGGAGAGCACCCCAGCAUCCAGAACAGAAAGAAGGUAGUGGAACCAUCAGAGAAAAAUGCACGAGAGACAAGUGAAGAAAUUGAAGGGCAGCCAUUAUGUGGCCACUCACGGCCGCCUCACACCUGACCCUCCGUACGUCCACUCGAAUCGCGGCUACUCCACAGACGGCGAGGAGUCGCACUCUCAUCGCGCUCCCUCCGAGCGCACCUACUCCGAGUACACACUCACUCACGAGCGCAUCUCGCCACAGUCCCAGUACAACUCGUCGCGAAAGAAGCGCUCCGCGAACGGACAUCACCAGCACCUGCAGCACAGCUACAGCCACAGUCAGAUGGGCCUCUCCAGCUCCCCGGAUAAUGGAGGACCACGCUCUCUCAGCGGACCACCGCCCACGCGCCAGCCGCCCCGAGCACCUUCAGCCCUUAGCUAUGAUCAUGGCGGGGAUGGGGGCAGCGAUAUCUAUGUGACCAGUGCUGCUUACAAGGCGCCAUCGGAGAUCAGCCGAUAUAGCCAGCGUCCAGUUUCGCGAGGACCCCCGCGUAGUGUCUAUUCGGUGGCCAGCACUGCCAAGACGGGACGGAGCGCUCGGUCUACCACCAAAAGGGGCGCCAAGAUCGAGACCAUGUCCGCUCCGAACCCAUUCUGCCCGAAUGUUAAGGGCGUCUGCUGUCUGAUGCUGCUGCUGAACUUGGGCCUGAUCCUGGUCACUCUGGGCUUCGUCAUCGUGGUGCAGUUCUACGAGCCGCUGUAUGUGUGGAUACUGGGCAUUGUGUUCCUGAUAUUCGGCUUCCUCACGCUGAUAGGCUGCAUGAUCUACUGUGUGUAUGUGUGCCGCGAUGCCAGGACCCCGUCGCAGGUGCGUAACGAGGAUCUGUACUGGACCCGUCACUGGCAGAAGAACAUCGGCUACACACCCCAGGAGAUCAACUACAAGGCGGACAAAUACGAUGCCUAUUCGGAUAGGUACUCGGUUAGCAAGCUGAGCGGCAAGUACUCAGAUCGUGAGAGCCAGCGCUACUGAGGGAAGGAGCAAACUAAUGUCAAAUAUCGAAUCAGAACUUCUUUUUUUUUUGGCAGUUACAUUAUUUAAUUAGGAAGUGCUUGCGCCAUGACGAAUUCGGAAAUAACAAACCGAAUCUGCCUUGAAAACUUCCUCGUGUAGGCACAUAUUAAUAGAAACAUAUAAACAACUUAUAUCUUAACUAAUUUUAAGACUAUGUACUAGUUCUAAACGGUUAUUAACAAGGCCCCUCAACGUACCUGCUGCAAGUUGCUUGCUAGUUUGUAUGUUAUAAGAGAGAUAUUGAAAGAAAACGAGAGGAUACACGAGAGUAUUGUAAUCUGCCAUAUUUGAGAAGGUUUACCGCUCGUUCGGCUAAUCAACUGUAACUGCAAAUGCUUAUAACACAUGACAAAUAAAUAAUACGAAUAAUAAAAUA